AUGAAACCGAGGUGCCAACGAGGGUUUUUGUCAGGGUUCCGAUAAAGCUAAAAAGAAUCUGAAAGUUUGAAAAGAAUAGAGUUGAGAAUGAAAAAAGAUGCAAGCCAUGAUUCAAAUAAUAAGAAGAAAGUUAAGCUGGUUACGGUGAAAAUGAAAUUCCUGUAAAACACCGCAUAAACCUAUAAAUUGAGAAAUCAUAAAUCGAUUAUCCCUUGCCAAAGGCUUCCGUUGAGUAUUUGAAUUUUGCUCUCUUUUUUGCUUUACUUUCUUAAAUCCUCUAUUCAGAAACUUCUUUCUUUUUUGAUACUCCUUGGAUUUUCAUUGAAAGUGUUACACCUGAGAAUUUUCAGAACCGAAGACGUAGCCUCGACGGCGGAGAUGUCGACGGCGGCUUCUGCUGGCCUGCCGACGUGUGAGCCGUCCGUCUUCAACGAAAUCCAGAUGACGUCGCGGCUCUACGGCGGCAUGCCCAUCGCCAUCUUCGGAUUCCUGACCAACGUCAUCAAUGUCGUCGUCUUCUGCGACCCCGAGAUGCGCUGCUCACUCGUCAAUCACUUUUUGUUGGUCCGUCGUUCGAUUUUAUUAUCCAAGUGAUGGAUGAAUAGACAGAAGACAUGUGUAAAAAGAGCCACGAAAGAUUCUUUUUCUCUUGCGCUCCAUGGAUAGACUCUUAAAUCCUGAGUUUUGUAGGAUUAGGGAGUUAAACGCGAAAAUUAACCCCGUGGCAAAACAAAACUAUAUUUUUUUGUUGACUUUUGUUGAAUUUUGAAAAAAAUUGACUGUUCUGAUGAACUUUUUCUCAAUUUUGACAAGAGAUGAAUCCGAAGUUUUAUUGAAAGAAAGCCAAGAAAAUUUCAGAUCUUCGGGGAGGCAUUCGAAAAUUGAUUUUUGAUGUUCUUUCCCGUCAAUCUGCUCUUGAAUAAACUAAAACCCUGUUAAAAGGCAAUCAAAACGUUUAUUCUUUCUUUCUUUUCUCUUUAUAACUCAACAUGAACAAUGGAAACUUGGUUGAUAAUCCGUUUAUGGGAUAAAUGCUCAACAGUUUUUGGCCUAUAGAAUCACGAGAACGUGUCUGAUUGGCCAGGCAGAGACACUUUGACCGAAGACGUCAAUCUUCCACGUGCUUUAAUCUCUUUCAAGUUUUUUUCUCCACUGUUUGUUUAUUUGCCAAAAGUUUUCGGAACGUCACAGAAGAUUUUUAUUAGUAUUUUGUUGAUUCGAAUUAGUCUGCAGCGUCACGGAUUUUCAACCAAGGCGGAACUGAAAAAUGUCACGAGGGCAAGCCGAUUUUCGACAAUUUUCUUAUAGUUUUAGUUUCUUUGUUUUCCCAUAAAUGUUUUGGAAGCGAUUAGCAUUGAAAUGGUGAUCUGCAUGACGAGAAGGAGAGAAGAUUAGCCGAGCGUUUUAUAAAUGUUUCGUCUGCACUUUCACAUAAAAAGUUUCCAUUUUGAUUUUUAUUUUUUUUCCCAGAUGAAUAAAAAGUCAGAAAAAUUUGAGGCGAGAAGCUUUGAAACGCGGAAAGAGAGUAUAUUUUGUAGAUAUACUGGGGAUCUCCAGAUCACGGUUUCAAAAAAAAAGAAUCACGUUAUAAUCCUCAACAUGAAAAAAUUUAAAAGGUCAUGGUCGCACUUGGAAUGACUCUGAGCGUCGAAAUUGAAUCAGGACAGUGGGCUUGAAGUGUUUGAACUAAAAAAAAAACCUUUAGAACCAUUUUAUGCCUGCGCGCGCAAGUCGUUUUAGGUCGGAAGUGUCUAAAAGCAACCAUACAUGCGCAAUUCAUUCACAGUAGACUUUAACUUGAGAUGAAUCCUUCAAAAAGCCGUCUAUCAACUGGAUAUUUCUAGGUACUAUCGAUAUCAGACUUGCUCCUUUUGGUCUGUAACUUCUUCAUGCUCAUAUUCCCAGUCAUUUCUUCGAUGAGCAACAACGUGGCUCUUCACGACUAUUAUCCCUUGUUUUUAUGGUACUCUCGGAUCGAAAACCUCUUAAAGAAUUGGUAUUCAGGUAUUCUUAUCCGGUUGGAUUGAGCACUCAGACCUGCGGAGUCUACCUUACUGUUCUCGUCUCUGUUCAUAGGUCAGCUGAAAAGUUUGAAUUUAUUGGGUGUCAACUGGAAGUUUAAGAAAAGAGAAAAAUAUUCUUCUUUCAGCUUGGAAACCAUGGAAAUCAAUUGCUAACCUAAGUCUUUUUCAGAUACCUAGGCGUGUGUCAUCCUUUUCGAGCCAAACGAUGGGUCUCCGGAACUCCGGUCAAAUGUGCCAUUAUCGGUAAGUUUUAAAAUGACCUAACUGUGAAAUAGUUCUUAUUUUCAUCUUCAGGUUCUGUCAUAUUCAGUAUUUUGAUAAAUUUGCACACUUGGCUCGAACUCGACGUUUUCAAGUGUUAUUCUCCGAUUUUUCAUGACACUAUUAGGUUUUUGAAAUCCAAAGUGGGCUCUAAAAUAUACUUAUUUUCAGAAGUAUCAAGCUAACGAAGCUGAAAAAUGACGCCUCCUACAAUAUCAUUACGAAAUGUAUACUUUAUACGCUUGUCAUGUUUGUGGUGAGAAUUUUCUUGGUUUCUCAGUCAAAAGGAUAAUUUCUAAAGGUACCUUUUAUCACUUUGAUCAUCGUCAAUUGGAGGAUCGUCGUCGCUUUGAAAGCCAGCACGAGGAUGCGAAACGCCCAUUCUUCUAAGAAAAACACUCAAUCGUUAGUUUUCAUUGUGCUGAUUUCCGUGUAAAGUCUUCACUCGAAGAUGUUGAUUUGAUUGAUUGAUUGAUUUAAAAAUUGUCGAUCUAUGAACUCCAAAAGUUUUGCUGGGAAAUUGAUGGAUAUCUGUCCUUUUAAAAUUAUGAUUUUCGUGUUAUUAGAUUGAAGUCAUACGUCGGCUAUAUCCCAUGAAAAAAAAAGACUUUCAGACGCUUGAUCAGCAACUUCCGGCUGCUGAGAGACGCCAAAUACUCGGAGCUUUUCGGAAAGUUUGGCCGUCUCAAGUUCAAGUGAGGAGCAGUUUUUCUGAAGACAUUUUAGGCGUGUAUUUCAGUCCGCUGAAGACGCCGUCGUUGCUCAAGACGAACGGAAACUCCUUGCGAGACCGUUCAGUGACGUUGAUGUUGCUGGCGAUCGUCGCCAUCUUCCUGUGCUGCAACUGUCUCGCCUUCUGCAACAACAUCUACGAGAUCGUCCGAGGCGCAGCCGCUCACGUUGCCUCGACCAACUCUACCGUCAGCCUUCAGGCGGUUCGAACUUACCUUUUUGUUAACAUCUGUUUUUUAAUUGUUAUUCAAUAUUUUGAAGAUUAGUUUUUUCUUGCACAGAACUUUUUUGCUUCAGGGUAACUUUAUGCUUUUGAAAUCAAUUUUCGAGGAUGACGCCCAGCAAAAACACAAACUUAGAAGUAAAACGGCAAACUAGAGUUAUUUUAUAUUUUUCAAAUAAAAAAUCAAGGAAAACUGAUAAUUUCUCUUCAUAUAGGACGACGCGGCAGAAGAACUACUUCGAGAACAGCAUUUCGACUUGUCGGUAGAGAUAUCAAACCUGCUAAUCUCGUUAAACUCGUCGAGCUCGAUGUUCGUCUACCUCAUCUUCUCGUCCAAAUACCGGUGCAUAAUAAAGCACUGGUUGGGGCUGGAGAAACGCAAGCGGGUGAUUUCGACAUUUCUGGAGUUUGUACUGAAGUUAUAAACUUUUCAGGUGAACGGAGUAGCACUUACAACGGCGAUGGCAGCUCAAAAAGCUCUGGAACUCUCAAUUUUGCCGGAUGAAGUUGAAUGUGAGUUUUCGUGGAUCUGGCUGUGAAUCUAGAGACUGGAAAAUGUCCCAUGAUGGGACCAGGAAAUUGUUCUAUUGUUCCAAAAAGGGUCCGAUAGAUCUUUUAGACUCUAUAAAUAAGGCGAAACAGAGUUGGCUGCCAUGAAAGCUUUUAUAGAGAGCGUUUUCAACAUGUUUUCGUCCGAAAAAGUUCCUUUUUCCUUGGCUGAAGGUACUUUGUUGAACUUCAAAGCGCCAAGGAGGAAACAAAUCAAAAUAUUGUAGGGCAAUUUCGAAGAAAAAUAUCUGUGUAUCUUAUCUUCACCUUGCUUUAUCGCGAGAGACGAAAUAGGCAAAAAUAAAAAAUCAGUGUUUAUUGAUUCCUAUAACGGAGGCGAAAGGAAAAACGGAUUGCUUCCCAUUUGUAUGAUUGGUUUAAGCAAGAAGAUCACGUCGAGGAAACGCGGCGGUCUUCGCCAAGAGAAGACCUCGAAGCCGUGCCUUGGUGCCGGCGUCGUCGGAGAACGACCUCCGAGUCAUUCAGACGUCUCGGAGGACGUCCAGAGCCGUCGACAUGAGUCCGGAUGACAUCCGAGACGACAUCCAGUGUUCCUUGUCCAGAGGUUCGUUUUCAAAGUUUUUUCAGCUGAUGUAUUAUUUUCAUUGUGAUUGCACCAAAAUUUUUCGACUAGGCCUUCAAGGAUUACCUCAUUAGGAGAGUAAAUUCGAAAAUACCGCAAAAGUUAUCUCUUCGUUUUUAAUUUUCAAAUCCUGCAUUCUGCGGAAUUCACGAGAAACAUGACUACCUCCUCUAAGUUAAAACGAAUAAAAUCCUAAUAACUUCAACUUUUUUCAGCCGGAUCGCAUAGAACGUCGUCAAGAAGGAAACUUCUGCGUUUCUCGACAGUCCAAUGA